AUGGAAAUUAUUUUUUCAAUUGUUGGAAAAAUAGGAGAAUAUUCGGUUGGUCCAAUUGGGGAACAGUUUGGCUAUAUUAUUUCCUACAAGAACAAUAUUUCAACUCUUGAAGAGAAAAUUCUGAAGCUACUUGAGAAGGAGGAGGCAGUCCAACAAUCUGUUGAUGGAGCCCAAUGGAAUCAACAAGUAGUCGCAAGUGAAGUUAAGACCUGGCAGGCAAAUGUGAGGAAAAGAAUUGAAGAAGCCCAGAAAUUCCUUGAAGAAGAUGUCAAAGCUAAUAGGAAGUGCUUGAAUGGUUGGUGUCCUGAUUUGAAGCUACGCUAUUCCUUGGGUAAGAAAGCUCAAAAGAAUACUCAAGCUAUCAUUCAGUUGCUAGAAGAAGGUGGAAAAUAUGAUAGGGUGUACAACACUCCACCUCCAUUGGAAGUGAGAUCAUCACCCACAGGAUGGUUUAAGGAUUUUGAAUCACGAAAAUCAACGAUUCAAAAUGUUUUGGAUGCUCUAAAGAAUGACAAGAUAGACAUGGUUGCAUUAUGCGGUAUGGGAGGGAUCGGCAAGACAGAAAUGGCCAAAGAGAUUGAGAGAAGAGUGAAAUAUGAUAAUUUAUUCCAUAAAGUUGCCAGUGCGGUGGUGUCUCAAAAGCCAAGCUUGACAAAGAUUCAAGGCGAACUUGCAGAAAUGCUUGGUCCCAAACUUGAAGCAGAGAGUUUACAUGGAAGAGCAAACGAAUUAUAUUCAAGAUUGAAGAAUAAGAAUGUCCUAGUAAUAUUGGAUGAUGUUUGGGAACACCUUGAUCUUGGGCAUAUUGGAGUUAUCGAUGCAGUUAAAGAAAAGAGCUGCAAAAUCUUGUUGACAUCAAGAAACGAAGAAGCUUGCAAUGCGAUGAGAAUUCAGAAGAUUUUUCCAGUUGGACUUUUAUCUAAAGAAGAAGCGUGGAAUCUUUUUGUAGAGAUUGCUAGUGAUUGUAUUAAUACCUCUGAUCUAAUAUCAAUUGCAAAACAGGUCGCGAAGGAAUGUGCACGUUUACCCCUUGCCAUUGCGGUAGUUGGAGGUGCUCUUAGAAACAAAAGCGAUAAAAAGGAGUGGAAAGCCGCGCUUCAGCAACUUAAAAUGUCUAACCCACAUAAUAUUUAUGGUCUGCAUAAAAAGGUAUAUUCCAGCAUUGAGUUCAGUUACAAUUACUUACCAAGUGACGAAGCCAAAUCAUGUUUUUUGCUAUGUUGUUUGUAUCCGGAAGAUUAUGAUGUUCCAAUUGAAGAUUUAGUCAGGUAUGGAGUUGCAAAAAGGUUUCUUAAAGGCUUGGGUACUGUGCAACAAACAAGAGAACUUGUCCACACAAUAGUUAAGAAUCUUAUAAGAUCAAAUCUCUUGUUGGAUAGCGACAUGAAGGAAUACGUCAAAAUGCAUGAUAUUGUACGAGAUGUUGCCAUAUCAAUUGCAUCCAGAGACAAAAAUGGUUUUAUGGUAUUGUUGCAUGAAGAACUUGAAGAAUGGCCACAGAAUGAUAGAUUUGACAGUUACACCACAAUUUCUCUUUUACUUGGAGAAAUGAAAUGGCAUCCUACUGAGUUGAAGUGUCCCACACUUCAGCUUUUGCAACUAUCAGGUAGGAACCAUUCAAAAACAUUCCCAGACAAUUUAUUUGACGGGAUGAAGGAGCUAAAGAUGUUGUAUUUGCAAGACUGUAGAUCUUCCUUGACGACGUUGCCACCAUCAAUCCAAAUCCUCCAGAACCUUCGAAUGUUGAAUCUGCAGAAUUGUUGCUUAGGAGAUGUGUCGGCAAUUGGAACCCUGGGCAACCUAGAAAUUCUUGGCUUUCCUUAUUCCGAGAUCGAGGAGUUGCCGUUGGAAAUAGGAAAUCUUAGUCGAUUAAAGUUACUAGAUAUGAAGGGAUGGCAAUAUCCAAAGCGAAUUGCGGCUGGUGUAUUAUCCGGUUUAUCUCGACUAGAAGAAUUGUACGUGGACGGAUUUAGGAAUUGGGGACGUACGACUACGAUGGAAGGAAAUGGAGAAGUAACAAAUAAUAAUGCAAGCCUUACUGAACUAAUUCCUUAUUCCAAUCAACUGGUGGUUUUAGAAAUCAGUGUGCCAAGUAUCUUGUACCUGCCAAAAGAAUUGUACUUCAGUAACUCCAAUUUCAGAUUUAGGAUAGAUAUUGGGAUAGAUUUUGAGCCAGAGAAUGUGACAUAUUUAUUUGAAAAUACUUUGGAACUCAAAGUGGAGGAUGCAAGUGAUCUUGGGGAAUACCGAGAAAUUCGUUCAUUGUUGAAGAAAGCUGUAGAUUUGAGGUUGGAUAUUAUUUAG